AUGAAUACGGAGGACGAAGUCGAAGAUAUCCUCAAGGAAAACACAAGGCGUUUCUGUUUGUUUCCUAUUAAGUAUCAUGAGAUCUGGCAAUUUUAUAAGAAGGCUGAAGCUUCUUUCUGGACGGCCGAAGAAAUCGAUUUAUCGAAAGACCAGUAUGAUUGGGAAAACAAGAUGAGCGAUAAUGAAAGAUACUUUAUCUCCCGUGUACUUGCCUUUUUUGCCAGUGCGGAUGGCGUGGUCAAUGAAAAUUUGGUGCAAAAUUUCUGUGACGAAGUCAAGAUUCCUGAGGCCAAAUGCUUUUACGGUUUUCAAAUUGCCAUUGAAAAUAUUCAUGCGGAAACCUACAGUUUACUGAUAGACACUUACAUCAAGGAUCUUCAAGAAAAGGAAAUGCUGUUUGAUGCUCUCGAAACCAUCCCUUGCAUCAAACGAAAAGCUGACUGGGCCUUCAAAUGGAUCUCCAGCAACGAUUCCUUUGCUGAGCGUUUGGUGGCCUUUGCAGCUGUUGAAGGUAUUUUCUUCUCUGGCUCUUUCAGUGCUAUCUUCUGGUUGAAGAAACGUGGUUUGAUGCCCGGUUUGACCUUUUCCAACGAACUCAUCUGUCGUGAUGAAGGUUUACAUACGGAUUUCGCCUGUCUUUUAUUCACCCACUUGAAGAAGAUUCCCUCUGAAGAACGUGUCAAGAGUAUCCUCACGGAGGCUGUGGGCAUUGAGCAAGAGUUCAUGACAGAUGCUCUCCCUGUGAAUUUGAUUGGCAUGAACUCUAACCUUAUGUGUCAAUACAUCGAGUUUGUUGCUGACCGUCUUAUGGUGGCUCUUGGUUUUAACAAGAUCUAUCACGUUACUAAUCCUUUCGAUUUCAUGGAUAUGAUCUCUCUCCAAGGCAAAACCAACUUUUUCGAAAAGCGUGUCUCGGAUUAUCAACGAGCUGGUGUCAUGAAUAAGACACCCGUUGAGAAGACCUUCACUCUAGAUGCCGACUUUUAA